AUGUCCUUGCCCGUCGCCUUCCAGUCGGCCGUCUUUUACUUUCUCGCCUGCACACCAUGCGCCAAAGUCCGCCAUCGACAAAAGACCAAGGCGCAGGCGAAAAAGGAAAGGGAGGAAAAGGCCAAGUUGGAGACGGAACAGCCUGGCCUGUAUCGACACCCCUCACCAUUUAACACAAAUCCAUACUGGCAGGAAGAGAUCAGCAUGGGACCGAGUUUACCAAAAAAGUCCAUGAGCAAGAAUUCGAGUCAACGAGGACUGACUAGUUCAGGACGGGAGAGUGUCGCAUUUAGCAUGUCCGAACACACAAACAUUGCCGACAGCAGAACACAAUUUAGCGAUAGUAUGACUGUGAUGCCGCAUGACGACACUUUGUCAGAGGAUUGGAACCGUCGGCGAGGAUACCAGCGCGAAGAUGAGGAACUUUGGGGCCAAUGGGCCGGUAUGGGAUCCGGAUCGGGUCAUAAGCUGAUGGAUGCCUUUUCCAAAGCACGCGACUCUGCGGGACGGCUAAUCGAAUCUACCUUGGGAAUCGAGAAGGAAGUGACGGAACAGGAACGCCGCGACUUUUAUCUCUCUCCCAAAAAUCCACCAGUUAACGACUAUCACCCACCUGUGGUGAGCAGCAAGCCUCCCCACAGAGAUGCGCGCAAAUGGAUGUUACAACCUCCGCCACCCGCCAAGAUCAUGGAGGGCAAGAUCCCCGUCUCCCGGGCUGUCAGCUCUGGAAGCAAAUCGAGCGGGAGGACCUUGAUCGGGGACGAAGGCAAUCUGGGGCGAAAAGUGCACGAGAAGAUGGUCAAGGAGAGAAUGAGAAAGGAGAGCAAUCCGACUGAAGUUGAGCUUAUCGAAUCUCUCUUUUCCACCCGCAGCAACCUUUCAAUAGGGCAUACUCGCAGUCGCAGCCUGUCAUUCAACGAGUCUGAUGAUUCUAUCGACAACCCCUUUGAGCGGCGCCGCAGUCGUCGUCGAAUGCCCGUGGCUGUGCCACCUGGAAUCGAAUCCGAGGAUGACGAAGACACUGUUCCAUCACCACAAAUAUCAAAGACUGCCAGCCACGCCAGCAGCACUCUGGGUCAUGUUGCUCAGAGGCCAAGGCUGGAAACAAUUCCCAGCACAGACGGUAGUGGCAACUCUCGCGCUCUGUCGAAACGGUCCAGGCGACAAAAGUCUACCAGAAGUAAGAACACUGCCUGGGUAGAUUCUCCUGUAGGAGACGACACGGACUAG